UUUAAAGUUUUAAAAGAUUUAAGUACAAAUAAUUUUAAACUUUAUAAUAUAGUGAAAAAUGGAGACUAACAAUAUUCAAAUCGGCGUUGGCGCUAUACUUGAUAACAACCGCCUUCAUAUAUAUGACCUUAAUAACGAUUGCAUAUAUGAAAUUAUGCGCAGAUUGAGCGUCAGAGACGUAUUGGAAUUACUUGGCGUAUUCAAUGAAAGAUUUGAUGAAAUCAUCAAACAACGUUUAGCGUUAGAAAAGCAUUUUCGUUAUUGCCUCAGGGACGAAUAUAAAUACAAAUAUAGUCAUUUACUGUUAAUUGGAAAAUACUUAAAGUCAAUAUAUCUAAGUGCAGGUUACUCAAUAAGAACAGAAAAAAUACUUUGCCUUCUUUAUCCAUUGGUGCAAAAUCCUCAAUUCCUUACCAGUCUCGAAUUACAUUUCAUUGAAUUUAAUAUACAAUAUGUAAAGUGCAUAAAUGCAGCUGGCGAAUGUCUGGAAGAAUUAAAUUUAGAUUUCUGCAGACUCAGAGACAAUAUGCUGGUAGCUAUAUUAGAGAAAUGCAGAAAUUUGACAAAAUUAUCUAUUAUCGGCAAUUACGACCUAAGUGGAACGAGUCUAGUAAAUUUAAAUGUUAAGAAAUUGCAGGCACUUACAUUAGAGGAAAAUGAUCGUUGGUUUUUCAAUGUAGAAGAGUUUGCAAAAAAUAAUCCCCAUAUUAAAGUCACGCUCUUCAGUCAAUAUAGAGUCACUAAAACAGAAUUCAACAAUUCAUUUUCGUAUUCAUGUUUUUAAUCUUGAAAAACUGUGACACCCAAAAUGCUAAGUGAUGCGUCUGCUUCGAAACAUAAAAGCAAACCCUAGUACUAAACUUCGAAAAUAAACUAAGGAAGUGACGGCUUGUAAAAACCCCGCAAGAAAUUUACUCAAAUUUUCUAAACUUACUAUUAACGACAAUAAAUGAAUGUAACACUCUCUGGUCUAAAUUGCU